AUGGCCUCAUCGAGUUCAUCAGCAAUGGAAUUGGAACACAAAAAAUCUCGAAUGGCCAUCACGUUAGAGUCAGAAGCAAUUGACAGAAUCAGCAAUCUGCCAGAGCCAUUGUUGUGUCACAUACUCUCAUUCCUCACAUCCAAAGAAGCAGCAGCCACAAGCACCUUGUCAACAAAAUGGAGACCACUAUGGACCUCAGUCCCAGUCAUUGAUCUACACGAAGAGGUUUGUUUUCAAGUACGAGAACGGGUACUUAAACGUAUCCCCAAGAGUGGCAUCAGGUUUUCCACUAUUGUAAAUGGAGUCUUCGAUCAACGCACCACUCACUCCCUUAAGAAACUCCUUCUCUCGAGUGUCCUAAAGAGUUGCAAUUCUAACCAUGUCAUGGCUUGGGUAUCAUUCGCCAUUGCUGGUAACGUUGAGGAGAUUGAACUCACCUUUUCAAUGGAUGAAGGCAUCGAACUCCCUAUUACCCAUUUCACUUGCAAAGAAAACAUCGAACUCCCUAUUACCCUUUUCACUUGCAAAACACUCGUGGUUUUAAAGCUCCAUGGCUGCAUCGACAUCAAGAAUGUUCCUUCCUCUGUCCACCUACCCUUGCUUAAGAUUGCCGACAUCAAUGAUGUUCACUUCCCAUAUGUUCAAUAUGGAUGUCCCCACUUUAUCACCACUUUCCUUUCUGGAUGUCCCCUUCUUGAACAGCUUUCAGCGAAUCUGUCUCCCUCUGGCUCCGUCAAAAUCUCUAAUCCUCUGUUGAAGAAGCUCUGCAUUUUUAGUGGAUAUAACGUACAUGGUGUUACCAAGCUCGAAAUCGACACCCCUUCUCUCCUAUUCCUUGAUAUUCGAGCUACUUCAAUCCUAGAUUAUUCGGUUGAGAAUGUUGGAAAUUUGGUGGAAGCAAGGCUUUUGGUUUAUGAGAAAAAUGGUCCUGUGGAUUUUGUUUUGAAUCUUAUCAAAGCAAUUCGUGAAAUUAGGAUUAUGUCUUUGUCUUAUGGUCACAAAGGGGCCUUUGAUAAAACUUGUAAUCUAGAUCUUCCCGAAUUUUGCAAUUUGGUUCGCUUGGAGCUAAGUCAUUAUUAUUGCUAUAAAUCGGAGUUGCUGGUAAAGUUCCUUCAAAAAUGCCCCAAGCUUGAAGUUCUUAUCAUUAAGAGGGAUUCUUUUGCUAGUGAAGAAAUGCCAUGGAAUGAGCCAACAUGUGUUCCUAAUUGUCUUUCAUCACACCUUACCAUGUUUAAAUUUAAAAAAUAUAGAGGUUACUUGGAAGACCUGGCACUUACAACAUAUAUUUUUAAGAGUGCAAAACUUUUGAAGAUAGCGACAAUUCAGAUCGAUAACUUCUCGGAGAAGAGCAACAUUCAAAAACAAAUAUCUGUUGUACCAAGGACCUCUACUAUCUGUGAGCUUGUAUUCGAACAAAUGUCUUAA